AUCUUGAGGAGGUACCUCUAGUACAGAGAGUCAGAUCCAUCGAUGGAACAAACAUCACUUCAACGACAAAACCUCUUGACCAUGACAGAACCGCGAUUCGGGACCGUCUCGAGAUAUCCAUCUGACAUCAUGGUCAUCAAGUGGCUCACCGUGGCUCACCGUGGCUGGCGGACACGGUCUGGCUGGGGCUGACAACGAACGAAUACACUACUUUAGCCGAUGGAUGUUGUUUCCGCACACAGCCUAGCCCAAUUACCAUGUUCACGGAUUCACUUCUCGUUUCCAUCUGAUCUUCUUCCUCUUUUCUUUUUCUUUUCUUUUCUUCUUGGCGUCAUGGGGCUUCCAGUACUGUACCUGAAGAUGGCGUCUCUGGCACCUCCAUCGAUGGCUGCUUAUCUUUAGCCGCACUCCCGUCUCAGCUCGCUUGCCGUCAGCCCGCAGACGCCAUCGAAUUUCCACAUCGGGACGGAAAUGUUUCUCUGGGCGCUGUCGACGCGCCUGACUGGGCGGUUGCAAAGUGGCAAAUACGAGGCUCGGCGACCGUCAUGAAGGAAGAAAAAAUAAAAAUCUUUCAUGGCCGCUCUCUUCUUGCUGACCUGAUGACAUUUAGACUUCCAGAUCCCAGCUUGCUUCCACCUUCAGGUCCCACGACAUCCAGCGAGAACAAGGCUGGCUCCCGUCGAUACGACCUUCGUAAAGCUGGUCCAAGUAACUAUCCGUCAGAUCUCCGGCGUCGCGUCUGUCGAGUCGUCAGCAACACCGCUGAUUGCGAACAAGUUCAAUCCCAACAACUUCGACUUCAAUUCCAAAAAAAAAAAAAAAAAAAAAAAAAAAAACGCCUUCGAUCGCAUCCCAUUCCAUCCUCACCACACCCGCGCGCCCUCGACAUGUUUACCCGAGCCAUUGCGGCCGCUGCCGGCCUCUUGGUCGCAUCCGCUUCCGCCAACUCCAAGCGCGGCCUGGUCUUCACUCCUAACUCGACCUUCCCGGACGACGCCUACAUUUGGACUGCCCCUCCCACCGACUUGACAUGGUACUAUAACUACAAACCGCUGCCUUCCCAAAUCUACUCGAAUGUGUCCCAAUCAGACUUUGAGUUUGUCCCCAUGCUCUGGGGCGCUCCCUCCGACAUCAGUGACAAGUCCUUCUACAAUACCAUCAAGACCUUGAUCGACGACCGCGGCGUCAAUGUCACCCACAUCCUAACGUUCAACGAGCCUGAUGGACCCGGGCAGUAUGGCGGUAGCGACAUUGACCCCGAGGUGGCCGCCCAGGUGUGGGUGAACAACAUUGUGCCGUUGCAGGAGGAUUACAAGGCACUAAGAGUAGGGCUACCGGCUUGUACGGGUGCUCCCGCGGGCAUGGAGUGGACACAAAAGUUUCUAGAGGCUUGUUCUGGUCUGAUCAGCGAGGAUGAAAAGACCAAGAACUGCACCUUCGACUUUGUCCCCAUCCACUGGUAUGGCAAUUUCGAGGGGCUGGCUAGUCAUAUGGGAGAAUAUUCUGCUGCCUUUCCCAACAAGUCCAUGUGGAUCACAGAGUACAAUCUCGCCAAUGCCAACCUACAAGAGACCCAAGCCUUCUACACAACGUCAGCAGAAUACUUGGACCGGCUGGACUUUGUCGAGAGAUACUCCCUUUUCGGUGCUUUCCGCUCCGAUGUGUCCAAUGUUGGCCCUAAUGCUGCCAUGUUGAACCGUGACGGCGAAUUGACAGAUAUUGGGGCUUGGUACCUCGGGAGACAGUCCACUGGUGUUGAUCCGAACAGUGGUAAGGGUGGUAAGGAUUCGGGUGCGGUGAGGGUGCCGACUCCCCGCCUUGUGAUUUUGCUACUUGUCUCCUUGCUUGGUUUGGUGAACUAUGCGUAAUGACUGAUCGACAAAUGCAAGAUACCAGAGGGAGCGUUAGAUCUUCUUAGAGGUAUGUAUUUUUUUUGUGGUUGGGCUUUGGUGGUUCUUUUCCUUGAAACCCAUACCUUAGAUAGAGAUUCUUCCUUGGCAUUAGCUGGCGAGCGUAGAUGCCGCCUUGGUUAUGAAAACUGUCUAUACCUUUACUUACCUUCAUGUUUACUCUUCCGCAUGCAUUACACCGAAUGUGUAGCAUUAUGGCAUUGACACUUUCACG